AUGGUUGAAGUUGAAGAAGCAACGUCUUAUGCAGGCUACGACUACGACCACAACUACGACUACGACUCGGCACCUGCGUUUCACUCAUCAAUUCACACCAGGGCUUGCUCAAUUGGGCUUGUUCUACGCCGUCGGGAAUUUCUCAAACCAGUCAUUGACACCACUGUCCAUCAACAAACCAACCGGUCAAGGCCUGCCUCCGAGGCAUCGGCAUCAGCCAGCAUCAGCAUCAUGGCCUCAACAUCAGCAUCAACAACAGCAGCAGCACAAAGCUCAACAUCGUCACCCACACCACAACCCCAAAGCACCCGAAAAUACAACCUCCACAAUCCCCUCCCUCUAUCCGCCGCCCAGGAAGCCGAAGUCAAGCAGCUCUACUACAAACGCGUACGAGCGCAUUGCGCCCCGGAGAUCAAAGCAUUCGCGGAAUGUGCCGUCAAUCGAACGGUAACGGCUACCUGGGUAUGUCGGGCUCAGCGGCUGGCGAUGAACUCGUGUAUGGUUGCGCAUGCGAAGCCGGAGGAGGAGGACCGGGCGCGGGAGGAGUGGUUCGCGACGCAUGAGGAGAGACGGCGGGCGAGGGAGGAGGAGUUGGCGAGAGUGGAGAAAAGGAGGGAGGAGGUGAUUCGGAUGAUGAGGGAGGAUGAGGCGCGGAGGAAGAAAUCAUCUUGA